AUGAGUAAAAAGAGCAAGCUCGCAGCUAUCAGGGACGCAGACUUCGCGCUGCUCGGCGACAAGAACAAGAUCCUUGUGGCCAACAGGGGGGAGAUCCCCAUCAGGAUCUUCCGGACCGCGCACGAACUGUCCAUGCGCACAGUAGCCGUGUUCUCACACGAGGAUAGACUCUCCACGCACAGACUCAAGGCUGACGAGUCCUACGCGAUAGGCGAACCAAGCCAGUAUACACCCGUGGGCGCAUACUUGGCCAUCGACGAGAUUAUCAACAUCGCAAGGACCCAUGGCGUCGAUUUCAUCCACCCUGGGUACGGAUUCCUCUCCGAGAACGCAGAGUUCGCGGCAAAGGUCAUUGAGGCAGGGAUCACUUGGAUCGGUCCACCCCCCGAGGUGAUCGAUUCCGUUGGGGAUAAAGUAUCCGCUAGAAACCUUGCUGCAAAGGCCAAUGUCCCCACUGUCCCAGGUACACCUGGCCCCAUUGAGACCGCUCAGGAGGCUGAGAAGUUUGUUGAAGAGUACGGGUACCCUGUCAUCAUCAAAGCCGCGUUCGGUGGUGGUGGUAGAGGUAUGAGAGUCGUCAGGGAGGGUGAAGACAUUGCGGACGCAUUUGAACGUGCCCGGUCAGAGGCGGUCACCGCCUUUGGGAACGGGACCUGUUUUGUAGAGAGGUUCUUGAACAAGCCAAAGCAUAUCGAGGUGCAAUUGUUGGCGGAUAACUACGGGAACGUCGUCCACUUGUUCGAGAGAGAUUGCUCCGUGCAGAGGAGACACCAGAAAGUGGUAGAGGUCGCCCCAGCGAAAACAUUGCCCCGCCAUGUCAGAAACGCAAUCCUUACAGAUGCUGUGAAAUUGGCUAAGGAGGCAGGGUACAGGAACGCCGGGACAGCAGAGUUCCUUGUCGACGACCAGGACAGACACUACUUCAUUGAGAUCAACCCAAGAAUCCAAGUGGAACACACGAUCACGGAGGAAAUCACUGGGAUUGACCUCGUUGCCGCACAGAUCCAGAUCGCAGCUGGUGCGACGCUUGAACAACUUGGGUUGCUACAGGACAAGAUUACAACGAGAGGGUUCGCCAUCCAGUGCAGAAUCACCACAGAGGAUCCGGCCAAAAACUUCCAGCCAGACACGGGCAGACUCGAGGUGUACUCCUCAGCGGGUGGGAACGGUGUCAGACUAGACGGUGGGAACGCAUACGCUGGGGCAGUCAUCUCCCCUCACUACGACUCAAUGCUCGUCAAGUGCUCUUGCUCAGGGUCCACCUACGAAAUAGUUCGUCGUAAGAUGAUCAGAUCGCUCAUCGAAUUCAGAAUCAGAGGUGUAAAGACAAACAUCCCCUUCUUGCUCACCCUUUUGAUGCACCCAGUGUUCAUCGAUGGGUCCUACUGGACCACUUUCAUCGACGAUACACCAAAACUGUUCAAGAUGGUCUCCUCGCAAAACAGAGCACAAAAGUUGCUUCACUACUUGGCAGACUUGGCUGUUAACGGUUCUUCGAUCAAGGGUCAAGUCGGCUUGCCCAAAUUGAACAAAGUGCCAGACGUGCCACACUUACACGACGCAAACAACAACCCAAUCAACGUCACCACCACGCAACCACCUUCUGGCUGGAGAGACAUCCUGCUAAGGGACGGCCCAGACGCGUUUGCCAAACAGGUCAGACAGUUCAACGGUACUUUGCUAAUGGACACCACGUGGAGAGACGCUCACCAGUCUCUACUAGCCACCAGAGUCAGAACGUACGAUUUGUUGGCCAUUGCACAGACCACAGCGCACGCGUGGGCCGGUGCAUUCGCAUUGGAGUGUUGGGGUGGUGCCACUUUUGACGUCGCCAUGAGAUUUCUGCAUGAAGACCCAUGGGACAGGUUGAGGAAGUUGAGGAAAUUGGUCCCCAACAUCCCAUUCCAGAUGUUGCUCCGUGGUGCCAACGGUGUCGCGUACUCCUCUUUGCCAGAUAACGCCAUCGACCAUUUCGUCAAGCAGGCCAAGGACAACGGUGUCGACAUCUUCAGAGUGUUCGACGCCUUGAACGAUCUUGAACAAUUGAAGGUCGGUGUCAACGCUGUCAAGAAGGCCGGUGGUGUAGUCGAAGCUACCAUCUGCUACUCCGGUGACAUGACGCAACCUGGGAAGAAGUACAACUUGGAUUAUUAUUUGGAAAUUGCCGAAGCAGUUGUCCAAAUGGGUACUCACAUCCUAGGUAUCAAGGACAUGGCCGGCACUUUAAAGCCAGCGGCUGCGAAAAUGCUGAUCGGGUCGUUGAGAGCCAAAUAUCCAAACAUGCCUAUUCACGUCCACACUCACGAUUCCGCCGGUACAGCUGUUGCCUCCAACGCCGCCUGCGCCCUAGCAGGUGCCGACGUGGUCGACGUGGCCAUCAACUCCAUGUCCGGUUUGACAUCCCAGGCCUCCGUCAACGCACUUUUGGCCUCGCUAGAUGGUCUGGUGGAAACUGGUGUCAGCGAAAAGCACGUGCGUGAGUUGGAUGCAUACUGGGCUGAGAUGAGACUGCUAUACUCUUGCUUCGGUGCGGACUUAAAGGGCCCAGACCCUGAAGUGUACCAACACGAGAUCCCAGGUGGACAAUUGACCAACUUGCUGUUCCAGGCACAACAGCUUGGGUUAGGUGAACAGUGGGCCGAGACUAAGAAGGCCUACAGAGAGGCCAACUAUUUACUUGGUGACAUUGUCAAGGUCACACCAACCUCAAAAGUGGUUGGUGAUUUGGCUCAAUUCAUGGUCACGAACAAGUUGACCUCCGAUGACGUCAGGAGACUGGCGAGUCAGCUGGACUUCCCAGACUCUGUGAUGGACUUCUUCGAAGGUUUGAUCGGCCAGCCAUAUGGUGGAUUCCCAGAACCUUUGAGGUCCGAUAUCCUGAUGGGCAAGAGAAGAAAGUUGACGUGCCGUCCGGGCUUGGAGUUGGCUCCUUUCGACAUGGAAAAGGUAAGAGAGGACCUGACGGACAGGUUUGGCGACAUUGACGAAUGCGACGUGGCCUCGUACAACAUGUAUCCAAAGGUGUACGAGGACUUCCAAAAGAUGAGAGAACAAUACGGUGAUCUAUCCGUUUUGCCCACAAAGAACUUUUUGGCGCCUCCAGAGGUUGGCGAGGAGAUCGAAAUCACGAUCGAACAGGGGAAGACUUUGAUCGUCAGACUGCAGGCCGUUGGUGACUUGAACAAAACGACCGGUACUAGAGAAGUCUACUUUGAGCUGAACGGUGAAAUGAGAAAGAUCCACACAAUCGACAGAUCGCAGAAGGUCGAAACGAUCGCGAAGCCGAAAGUGGACGGCCAUGACCCAUCACAAGUUGGGUCGCCAAUGGCAGGUGUUAUUGUCGAGGUGAAAGUCCACAAGGGUUCGCUUGUUAAGAAGGGCCAGUCCGUUGCGGUGCUAAGUGCUAUGAAGAUGGAAAUGGUCGUCUCUGCCGGUGUGGAUGGCCAAGUGAAAGACGUGUUUGUGAACGACGGUGACAACGUCGAAGCGUCCGAUUUGUUGGUUCUCUUGGAGGAUGCUGUCGUACCCCCAAGCGAGACUCAAUGA